GCUCUGAGUGGGCGUGAAGGGGCAGAGAGAGGAAGCAGGACAGAGCAGAGCAGCAGAGGGAGGCACACACCGACACCUUGGAGGGGCACAGUCACAGGCGGUUCUCCGUGGGGAGGUCUCUGUGAAGCAGCCCUACCUGUUGGAGCUCAGUCAGCGCGAGGAGACGCUCGUGCCAGCGUGGAUUUGCGGGAACUGCCCCACUGAGAGCAGCCGGAACAAUGUCUCCAAGACUGUUAUUACUGUGCGCUGCUCUGGCUGCGCACCGCGGGACUCGAACCUGCAGCGGAUUUAAUGUCGACGAUCGUUUCCCUGUCAUCAAGGAGGGACCAACCAAAGGGAGCUUCUUUGGAUUCUCGGUGGCGCUGCACGAGCAGACGGAGGGCUCCAGGAAGAACCUGCUUCUGACGGGAGCGCCCAAAGAGAAGGCCAAGUCCCUACCAAAUGUGAACGAAACCGGUGCCGUCUACUCCUGUCCCAUUACUACGGACGCCACCGACUGCUCCAGAAUGGACCUGGUCACCACAACGAAUCCUUUAGAGAUGGUCGAGGGCAUGUGGCUCGGCGUGACGGUGGCCAGUCAGAGAGUGGAGAAGGCCGGACGCGUGCUGGCAUGUGGGCACCGGUACGUGAAGAUCAAGGGCGGCGCAGAGGAGCAGCGGCGGAUGAUCGGGAAGUGCUUCGUGCGGAGUAACGAUCUGACCUUUGAUCAAAACGACGACUGGCAGACCGACAGUUACGAGGUCUGCAACCCCAACUUUGACAUGGACCUGGAGGGCAUGUGCAACAUGGGCAUCUCGGGCGGCAUGACGGACAACGACGUCUACAUCGGUGCCACGGGGAGCUACGUGUGGCAAGGAAAUGUCCACGUGACAUGGAGGGACCCAGAUCCAUUGAACGCUUGGGACUCAAUUAACAAGAACUUUGGCCAGCUGAAAGGACGCAACAGUUAUAUUGGUUAUUCGGUCCUCGAGGAGAAGAAGCUCCUCAGCCACGACGACUACACAGUAGUCACGGGGUCUCCCAGGGACGAGUCCAAGGGCUCCGUGCUGUUCGGGACAAAGACCGACAACAGCAUCCAACCUGUGCUCAUCAUCCCCGGGGAACAAGUGGGCUCGUACUUUGGAAGCAGCAUGGCCGUCACUGACCUCAACAACGACGACUGGAAUGACCUGAUUGUGGGCGCACCAUUUUACUUUGACCGCAUGAACGAUCACGGCGGAGCCGUGUACAUCUUCAUGAACGAGAAUGGAUCCUUCCAGAAGACGGCCACCGUCGUCCUGAAGGGUCCAUCGGCUUCUGGAUUCGGCAUUUCCGUCGCUGCUAUUGGUGACGUCAACCAAGAUGGAUUCCAAGACUUUGCCGUCGGAGCGCCGUUCCACGACGCGGGGAAGGUCUACAUAUGGAUGGGCAGUAAAAAGGGAAUCUCUGAGAGCCCCAGUCAGGUGAUUGAAGGCAAGACGGUUGCCAAUGGUGGAUUCCAGACCUUCGGCUAUUCCCUGAACGGAGGCAUGGACAUGGACGACAACAGUUACCCGGACAUCUUAGUCGGCUCUUUGGACGACCGCAUUGCCUUGCUCAGAGCUCGACCGGUCAUCCACUUGACGAAGGACUUUCACGUCGAGCCGAAGAUCGUGGAUCCUAAUCUGUGUCCUGGCAACACACCGUGUAUCACGGCGACACUGUGCAUGUCGUUCACGCUGAGCAAUGGGAACAAAGACUUCAAGAAGAACAUCAUGGUGCAGUACACAGUGGAGGCGGACAUGGAGAGGAGAAGAAGCCCUCGGGUUCGUUUCGAGGACAAUAACUCCGACACCUACACUGGCAUCAUAAGCCUGCCCGCUUCCAAGACCACGUGUGACACCCGGAAGCUGUAUGUUGUCGCACCUGUGACGGACAAACUGGAGCCCGUGGUCUUUUCCCUCAAGCUGUCCCUGCACGAGCAGAAACCUAAAUCCCGGCGCUCCGUGCAGAACCUGGACUCCUUUCCAAUCCUGAGCCAGGAGCAGAAACUCACUCAGAGAACCGAGAUUAAUUUUCAGAAUGAAUGUGGCUCAGACAACAAAUGUAGCAGUAAUCUGCAGCUCACGGCUCAGUUUGUUGACAAUGAAGAAAAGCCCUACCCCAGGAAAGGCAAAUUCCAGGUGCUGCAGUUCAACAGCAACAUGAAGAUAAUACGGCUGAUAGUGGAGGUGACUAACUUCCCUUCAGCUGGGAGACUCGGCGAGGACGCCCAUCAGGCCACGCUCAACAUCACCUUCCCUGAUGCACUGAGAUAUUCUGGCGUCAGGUCCACGGACCAUGACGUGCAAUGCAGCUUCGACGUCACAGUGAUCUGUGACCUGGGGAAUCCACUGAAAGGCAAUGACAAGGUGUCCCUCGCCCUCAAGUUUGAGACGUCGGGCAUCGAUCUGUACACACAAGAGGUGGAGUCCCAGCUGCUUCUGUCCACUCUCAGUGAGCAGAGCGACCUGACGCCUGUGCCCGUGGCCCUGCUGAUCGAAAACACCAUCCUGCCCUCCUUCUCCAUAGAGAACCCCUUGGUGCAGACACAGUUCGGUGGGACAGUGAUGGGCAUGUCGGCCAUGGUAAACACCAGUGACGUGGGCAGUCUGGUGGAGUUCACCUUCAACGUGAACAUGAGGGGGCAGCCCCUGGGAGACUUGGGGACCCUGGCUCUGGCGUUUGACUGGCCCUCUGAGGCCGCCAACGGCAAGUGGCUGCUGUACCUGACCAAGAUUGUCGUCAAGGGGCAAUCGGAGACGGAGUGCAACGCUCCGGAAGCAGUCAACCCGCUGAAGCUCGCUUUGUCGGAGAGCAGGCCGAAGCGCGCCAAGCGUCAGAUCACGGCGGACGAUCGUGAAACGAGUCAGCCGCAAACCGUCGAGCCGCAGGCAGCCUUAUCUCUGCUCACUCCUCGAAAGGAGACCCACCAAUUGGAUUGCGCCGAGGGGACAGCAAACUGUGUGAAGUUCCUCUGCCCGCUGCUCAACAUGACACACUCGGCCAAGAUAUAUGUCCGCUCCCGUUUGUGGAACAGUACGAUGCUGGAGGACUAUCCCAAUGUUCUGAGAGUUACAGUCAUCGGCCAUGCCACGUUGACGCUCCUUACAGAUAAAUCGACCAUCAAGAUGGUCAAUCAGACCGCCAGGUUUGCGGUGGAAAUAGAACCGGUGGAGCGAGUGGAAGUACCCUACGAGCUCCCGCUGUGGAUCAUCAUCUCGGCCAUUGUCGCCGGAGUUCUGCUACUAGGAAUCAUUAUUGUUAUUCUGUGGAAGUGUGGCUUCUUCCAGAGGGCCAACAGGAGGGAGAUGUAUGAGGCCAAAGCCCAGAAGGCUGAGAUGAAGAUCCAGCCCUCUGAGACAGAGAGGUUGACUGAGGACUACUGACUGGGUCUCAAACAGCAUACACCAGUGGGGCUUUUUGGCUUGGAUUCUUUAAGCGGGCCGUCUACUACCGGAUGAUGCCAAAGCACCAGGGGGUGAAAAUUCGCAAGGCUGAGCGUUAUCAGUUCAACCUGGGAUUCCAGCCUGAGGAGCCCCAGAAAAAGUACUGGAUCACAAACUGGACAGAGAUGCAGCAUUACUACUACUGAGUCCUUUACUUUGAACCCCGAACCACUCACCUUUACACUGUCACGGGCCAAACAAAGAGCACUGGGCUCGGGUUGAGCCACAUGGACUCUGCCGUGGCACGGACCAAGAAAAAAGCAUUCAAUUUUAUUUCAGAUCUUUCAGUGCAAUAUACUGAACAUAUUGUUUCAGAGAUUGUAUUUGUUUUUUAAGUAUUUUUGAAGAAUGUUGUGUUGUACAUUGGAAUUGGGGGUUGCAUUCAAUAUUUGUAAAUUGUUUUAAUUUACGAUUCGAGAUUUCAUAUAUACUGUCAUUUCUUUU